AUGCCGGAGUUCAAGUUUGAGUAUGAGGCUUAUUUCAAAAGCGAGAUGAAGAGUGGCGACGACUUUCUGGCAUUCUACGACCAAGUAGACAUUGUAGAUUUUGCGUACAACAAGGAGCUGGAGCUUUUUACAUACCCCUGCCCGUGUGGAGACGUGUUUGUGAUUUCUCUCGAUGAUCUAAGGACGGGAGAGACAAUAGCACGAUGCAGCUCGUGUUCGUUGCUUGUGCAGGUGGUGUAUGGCGAGAAAGAUAUUGCAAAAUACGGGUAA